GAGCCUGCGGCGCGGCGCCCUCCCCCCACGCGCCGUGUCUGUUUCCGGUGCGCUUGCGUCCUCGCUCCGCCGCGGCUGGGGGCAGGCGAGGCAGGCAGGCGCCGCGCAGGUACCUUGUCGAUACCUUGCAAAGGCAAUGGAGGCAAUGAUGCAAACUCUGUUGUAAUUAAAACAGUAAAAAAAAAAAAUUCUUGGGUGACCUAUACUCUUUCAGUAUCAUUCAAUGCCUAACAUUUCAGAAGAUGAAAAAGAGAAUGGUUCUGGAAAUAAUGGAAACACUGAAAACAAACCUGGGAAAGAAUCCCCAGAUGCUUCUUUUCGUGAUCCUGUGAAGCCAUACUGCAUGUCAGAUGCCUCCACUGCAUCCUUGGUGUCUAGGGGAGAUGGACAUUAUCCAUGGGGUUGUCCUGUGACUCAUACACAAGAGAAGUUUUAUACCAUCUGCUCAGACUAUGCUUUUUUAAACAGAGUAACAUCUAUUUGUAAAAGCCCAAGUGCUUCAGUUAGUGCCUGUCUGUCAGGCAAUGCUGCCUUAAACAUUGGAAAUAACACAUCUAGCUUACUUGGCAUUCAAACUGGUGCUUCAGAGAUCAUCUACAGUGAAGAUGCUAACUUGGAAAGCUUGCCUAGUGAUCUUGGAAAGCUUCCACUAGCAUGGGAAAUUGACAAAUCAGAGUUCAAUGGCAUGACCACAAGUCUGAAGAACAAAGCAGGCAACAUGAAGAAACAAGUCCCAAAGAAAAAAUCUGUAGACAAAAAAACCAAGCAAUACAGAGAGUGUUCUCAGCAUUCUGCUCUUGAAGAUGUGAAGGAGAGGAAAGUGUUGGACCUCCGGAGAUGGUAUUGUGUUAGCCGACCUCAAUACAAAACUUCCUGUGGAAUUUCAUCCUUAGUGUCUUGCUGGAAUUUCUUAUAUAGUACACUAGGAGCUGGAAGUUUACCACCUAUUACUCAAGAAGAAGCUCUGCAUAUAUUGGGCUUUCAGCCCCCAUUUGAGGAGAUUAGGUUUGGUCCCUUCACUGGAAAUACAACUUUAAUGAGAUGGUUUAGGCAAAUAAACGAUCACUUCCAUAUCAAGGGAUGCUCAUAUGUUCUGUAUAAACCUCAUGGGAAGAACAAGACAGCUGGAGAAACUGCUGCAGGAGCCCUUGCAAAGCUGACACGUGGACUGAAAGACGAAUCAGUGGCCUACAUCUACCAUUGCCAAAACCAUUAUUUUUGCCCAAUUGGAUUUGAAGCGACCCCAGUAAAAGCUAGUAAAGCCUAUAGGUUGCUGGAUUUGGACUCGGGAGACCUGGGUUCAGUUCCCAGUUCAACCACAGACUUCCAGUGUGAUUUUAGAGGGCAUGUCUUGCAGCAGGAAGUCGAGUAUUGGAUCUUAAUUGGAGAGCCAAGUAGAAAACACCCAACAAUACACUGUAAAAGGUGGGCAGAUAUUGUCACUGACCUCAACACCCAAAAUCCAGAAUACCUAGAUAUUCGACACCUAGAGAGAGGAUUGCAGCAUCGAAAAACAAAAAAGGUUGGAGGAAAUCUCCAUUGCAUCAUUGCCUUUCAGAGACUUAACUGGCAAAGAUUUGGUCCUUGGAAUUUUCCAUUUGGAACUGUUAGACAGGAUAAACAAUCCCAAACACAAAGACAGGGAAUUUCCAAAUCUGAGAGCGAAGACAAUAUCUCUAAGAAACAACAUGGACGACUGGGUCGAUCUUUCAGUGCUGGCUUUCAUCAAGAGUCUACAUGGAAGAAAUCUAAUCUUCGUGAGAGGAGGAACAGUGGGUAUCAGAGUUACAAUGAUUAUGAUGGAAAUGAUUAAAAUUAACUUUAGAUAAUACAGUUGAUAUAUUAAAGUUAGUUUUAAUCAAGACAUUAGGGAUCUACUAGUCCUAGAAUACAUAUGAAUAGAAAUUAUGGUAUAAGAUACAGCUUAAUAAUUAUUAAAUAAAUCUGAUUAUAUGGUUGCAGUGGACAAGAUGUGAUGUAUAAACUGACAGAUAAGCACAGAUUAUUGUACUUUUGCAAUCAAAAGUAAAUAUGACUGUAAAAUCAAUAAUUUCUUUUGAAACAAUUGUACUAUGUCCUGAUCUGGAAAACAAAAAA